AUGUCUACUCAAAGGCAAAAACCUGCUGAAGCAUCAUUUUCACAAAGUACUGGUAUGAUCUAUGUUUUUAAUAUUAUUGUUGGCACGGGUGCAUUAACUCUUCCAAACGCUUUUCAUGAAGGCGGUUACGUGCUGAGCACUUUGAUAUUACUAAUUCUGGGCUUCUUCAGUUAUGUCACAGCCACCUACAUGGUUGAAGCGAUGGCCAUUGCAAAUUUUAUACGAAGAAAAACAUUCAAUCGGCGUCUUGGUACGAUAAUUCCACCGACUAGUGAUGAAGAAGAAAAUGUUGAUCAAUCAGAUCGUGCUGCAUUAUUACCACCCGCUAUUAAUAGUGAAGAUGUGUACAUGUCAAGGGGAGCUGAUGAGCGACAUAGCUUUGAUAUUGUUGAAAAAGUUGAAAUGGGUGAAAUGGCCAGCAUGUUUUUGAACAAAUUGGGUUUGAUUAUCUUCUACGUGUGUAUAUCAUUAUAUCUCUUCGGAGAUUUGACCAUCUACGGAUCAGCUGUUCCCAAAUCGAUUCGUGAUGCUAUCUGUACAUACGAACCAAUGAAUUGUACGAAGUUGGAAAUGUAUGAUUUGUGUUGGGAGAGUUCAAGGCUAACGCGUCACCAUGUUUAUCAAAUCUUUGUGGCUGUUUUUUUCUGUACAUUGGGUUUAUUUGUAUUUGGUAAUGCACAGAAAACCAAAUUACUUCAAUUAUUUACAACUCUAUGUCGCUGGACCGCUUUUCUGUCCAUGAUCAUUCUUUGUGUCAUCCACCUUGCCAAAAGGCCAAGCAGCGAAAAACCCAUCCGUCCAGCUAUAUUCAACUUCCGUGGUCUUCCAUCACUCUUUGGUACCUGCGUGUAUAGUUUCAUGUGCCAUCACUCCAUUCCUAGUAUAGUAGCACCAAUUCGUUCGAAAAACAAACUUAAAAAACUUUUCGCCUAUGAUUAUAUAUGCAUCGCUCUGUUCUAUUUAUUGUUGGCAUUAACCGCUGUCUUCACCUUCGAAACAUUCAAAGAUCUUUACACAUUGAAUUUUUCUCCCAAAACGAGCUGUUCUGAAUCAAAAGUGAAUGUACCUACAGUGUUAGCAUAUUUCAUCAUGUUAUUUCCUGUGUUUACACUGAGCUCAAGUUUUCCGAUUAUCGGCAUCACAUUACGAAACAAUUUAGAAACAAUCUUAAAGUCCUGUGUGAAAGUCGGACGUCGACAACGAAUUUUACUCGUUAUUUUUGUUCUGCUCCUGCCUUGUGCCGUUAGCAUAGUCACAGAAGAUAUUGGCUUUCUUGUAGGUUUUACCGGUUCAUAUGCAGGUGUUGCUGUUCAGUAUGUCAUACCAGCAUUAUUAGUUUACAAUGCUCGACGACAAGCUCAGUUGAAACUUCGCCGACCGAUAUUCUUUGCUAAUCAAUCGGUUUUUCAAAGUAAAUAUUGGGUAUUUGCUGUUCUUCUAUGGGCAUGGCUAGCAGUUAUUGUGAAUACAAUUUAUAACAUUCUUAAAGCGAGAGGGUCAGUCUAA